AUGAGCCCGUCAGGAGAACUGCAGAUGGCCCAGGUAAAGCGGUACACCGGUAGUAUCCUCAACUGCCGCUGGAAACCUCACUUUUGUUCGUCGCCAUCCCAGUUUCGUACGACGGUAUUUUGCGGUACUAUUUCCAGGAAUGUCACCAUGGGAGGGUACCGAACUGGUGACCCUGUCUGUAAUCUUCUCCGACCGGCACUUGCCGGUCACUGGGUGUUCUUGGGGUGUUGA